AUGAUUGCUGCCUUUGUUCUGUACAUGAUUUUUGAUUUCUUUGUGAUUGCUGCCUCUGUUCUGUACAUCUUCUUGGCGUCUCUCUGUCUCUUUUCCCUCUCCAUUUGCGUUCUCAUAGAUCCAGGUCGUGUCCCUGCAUCUUAUGCUCCUGAUGUUGAGGAUUCAGGCCGGUCCCAUAGUAACGUUCUUAGAACAGGAUUAGACAAGGGCUUAUGUUUUGUUGAUAUUUUGAACCAGUAG